UCCGCCUUUUGUCCGCAGACUCUCCGAGCUCUGCAGGGAGGAGACACACCAAACCUCCCCAGACAGCAGACAAGGAAGCUCGGCUUCAUCUUCUGCGGAGCCCCACUGAGGAAGAGGAGGGGAUGGAGGAGUGGGGGCAUCCGUUUACUACAAAAAAGCCAGAUCAGAUGUGUGCAUGAGAGGAGGAGAAAACUUCAGACAACAGAGAGAAUAAAGGAGGGGAGGAGAAGCGAGGCGUUUAUUGUGUCCAGAGCAGAGCGAUCAGGAGCAGACACAUGGAGACCGGAGAGGAAGGACAGUCCUCGGGGGAUGGGUGUCAACACCUUGGCUCAGCAGCCGCAGACAAGCCGCCUCAGAUCAGCGUGGAGAACUGCUUCCAGUUGCUGAAUGAAGCAAAGCGAUGCGGCGUGGUGGGAGAACAGGAGCGGAUCUACCGCUUCAUGAGCGAUCAUUACCUGAAGGUGCUGCAGAGCCCGGGGCUGUUUGGUCGUCUCACCGCAGGGGAGAGGGGACGUAUCCUGGACCUAAGGAUGGAGGGCAGGAAGGUGCUGGCGGUGGCGGAGACCCGUGAGGUGUCGGAGCGAGGGGAGAGCCCACUGCUGCCUGGCAUGGAGGACUGCAGCCCUCGGCGGGUGUUCUGUCUCCACCCAGAGAGCCAGUGCUGGGAGGUGCUGACCAGCUUACCGGAGGAGGUCCCAGCUAAAGGUUCCGGGAUGUGCACCUUAUUCAACUACCUGUUUGUAGCAGGUGGGAUGAGCCGCUCCAAAGCCUCAGAUCGGGUGUUCUGCUUCAACCCGAGGACCGGCCUGUGGUCCCCGAUGCGCCCACUCAGCCAGCCCCGCUGCCAGCUCAGACUGGUCUCUAUGGAUGGCUUCCUUUACGCCAUCGGAGGGGAGUGUCUGUUCACGGUGGAGCGCUACGACCCCCGCUCCGACAGGUGGAGUCCGGUGGCUCCACUGCCCAAAGGCUCAUUUGCCGUGGCUCAUGAGGCGACAUCAUGUGGCGGGGAGCUGUUCGUGUCUGGAGGCUCGCUCUUCUACCGCCUGCUCCGGUACGACUCCCGCCGCGACGAGUGGGAGGAGUGUCCGUUUAACGAGAGCCGCCGACGCUCCACGGACAUGGUGGCGCACCGCAGUCUUGUGUACCGCUUUGACGUGGACCGGGAGCGAGCAGGGGUGAGCGUGCACAAGUACAACACUGUAGUGAAGGCGUGGCUCGGUGGCGCCUUCUUCCCACUCCAGAACCCGCUGCCGUUCCGCUGCGCAGUGCUCGGAGACCGGAUCUACUGCGUGAACCGGAGCCAGACGCUGCAGUUUGAGGUGGGAGAGGAGGCGGAGGACUUCCUGCAGGAGGUGCUGCCCCCGCCAUCAGAGUCACGAGGAGCCCUGGUGCCUUUUGUCCUCUCUCUGAACCGGGAUAAGUGAUCCAAUCUGGGAUAAAUGUGUCCCCAUGAGACUGUGCCUUUAGUUUUGUAAUCAUGUCUACUUGUUUCUGAGUGAAAGUCGAGACUUGAACGGUCUGCAGGACUGAGGAUGGUGGUUUCACUCAGCUAAGGUUAAAGAUGAAUGUGUUUGAUGCAGUUUGAGUCUCUGACCUGGGUUAUAUCUUGUUUUACCAUCGGAUCUUGGUUAUAGGAUGCCAGAGGAAAUUCCUCGUGCUCUGUGUGGACACACCACAAAAAAAAAAAAAACAUGUUUGGUAUCUGGUAGCUCAGGCUGCAUACAGGGAUGGCCUGGGAUGCCUUCAUCCAGAUUCAGUUGUUUUGUGGAUAAAACCUGUACUGGCCCGCAUUAAAGACCGCCCCGUGUAAUCUGCAGCAAUCUGCCAAUACUCAAUAAGCAUGGCUUUACUUUAUCUGUCUAGGUUUGGUCUAUUUGCAGGAAUUGCAGCUCUUUUUCAAGAUCUCAGUCAUAAGAGAGGCUCUUUAUAUAGAACAAAGGAAACCCCUCUUGAAUGGGAGCAUGCUUCCAUCGCUCAGAAAAAGAGCCAGCUCUUGGAAUCAGUUCAUCCGUGAACAACACAUCAUGACUCCCUCAAGCGUUGAAUUGAGUUUUCAAUCUAACCAGAACCAAGGGACAUUUAUUAGCUGAGUAGCAUCAGCGUGUGCUUGAAAAGCAUGUUUGUGACAAAAUGAAGGAGAAAAGCUGUUAAAGAGAUGCAGAUGCUUUUAUCCAAAGUGACAUACAUCUGGGACAGCUGUUUCUGAUGUUAAGGACCUUGCCCAAGGGCCCACACUGGAUACUAACUGUAUCUCUGACUGGGUUUCAAACCCCCAGUCUCCAGUUACAAAGUCAGCGAUGAAAACCUCUGAGCCAAUCAAACACCAACAGGACGUUCAGCCUCAUUUAUAAAUCGUUCUUUAGAAAAAAUUGGACUCAUGUCUUCCUGCCUGCAGUGUUAAUUUCGUCAACUAAAAUUAUGGCUAAAAUUAUUCGUCAACAGCCUUUUUUCCAUGACAAAACUAGACUAUGACUAACAAAAAUAGAUCUGCGAUGUCCAAAACUGAAA